UUCCACUAAUUCCAGCCGCUGGUGCGGCGGUUACGGCUGGCGUUUUGCUCAUCUACAGACUGCGUCGCAUCGUGCCAACUUUCAGAACUGCAGGCGCCGAGCAGCGCUCAAACACCGCAGCUGCCAAUACUGCUCUCAAACGGCGUUUCGCAUAGAAAGGAGCCAAAACAAAAUGCCCCGCCCGCGGCCGCCCGUCGACGCCGAGGGCUACAGCCGCGCCGUCUUCCACAAGCGCGCGAACUACGACGGCUGGGCGCGGCCCGAGGUCGUCGAUCCGACGGGCACGCAGCACCCGCACAAGUACGUGGUGAGGUUCGCCUAUUAUAAGAGUGACGGCGCCGAGCCGGGCUGGCACGUGAGCUGGAACGAUAAUAGCGAGUGCUGGAUGGACGAUCAUGAAGUGGAGGACGAUCAUGAGGCGAUGCGGGUCUUCGCGGAACGCGCCGUCGACGGCGCCAUGGCCGCGCAGGCCGCGAGACAGGCGAAGUACGCCGAGGAAGCUCUAUUGCGAGCGAGACUCGCGAAGCGCCUCAAGAACAAGGAGGCCGCGCAAGCCAAAACCGCCGCGGAGCUCGAGGCCGAAAAAGAGAGGAGGAAGGCCGAGGAGGAGGCGGCGCGGUCCGGCAUCCCCAUCUUAUAUGAUGAGGACGACCUGCAAGAACUAAGUUCAUCGGCGGCCGCACCGAUCGACGGCGAGAAGUUCGCGCAGCAGAAGAGUGCGCUGCUGGACAAGGUUGAAAUUACGAAUCACGGCGUCGUCCACGGUUACGGCGUGAAGGCGAGGGUACCUCUAGAACAAGGUACCGUACUGUUAGAUCCAACAGCAUUGAUGCAUUCGGGGGACCCGCUGGAGGUCGUGGGCGGGCCCGACUUCAGUGAAGCGUACAUAUCCACGGGCAACGGGUCUUAUUUCAGAAUCCACUGGUUCUCCGGGGAUACCAUAUUCCGUUCAGCAGCGACGUUCUGGAUCAACGAAGCUCGCGACUGCGAGCCGAACGUCGAGUACAAGUCGACGUAUGAUGGUAGGAUGCUGUCGGCGUGGCGCGUCAUCAGGGACAUAAAACCGGGCGACGAGUUGUUGGUGGUGUAUAGUCACGCGGCGAACGAGGCCGAGGCGCGAGCGCCUUCCUCGGAGGGCUGGCAAGAUAACGGCAAGUACGUGGGGAUGUAUUUGAGGAGAGAUGUGGAAGGAAAGAAGGCCACGGCUCGAGUCGUCGCUUACUUACCGUCCACGGCUUCCGAUCCGUAUAUUGUUGAUGGUACUCCGAGGGAAUUGUGGCGCGUGCAGUACCUCGACAGCCAACUCAAGGGCGACACGCAGGACCUGGAGGAAGAGGAGCUCGAGUGCUCGGAGCCGUCGUGGACCGCGCCGUCUUUUGGAAAGGCGAAGAAGCCCCCGCCGCCAAAGAAGGAGAAGGUGACGGGCGUCGUCGCCGCGGGGACGAAGGUGCGCGUCACGGACCCGCGCUACGCCGGGGAGACGGGCGUCGUAGCAGGCUACCGCGAGUCGAGCGGCUGGCACGUCGUGCACCUCGAUGCUGAUGGAGGCGCCGCCCCGAAGUUCGUGCGACUCAAGCACCUGCAGCGGGCCGACGGCGCGCCGCUCGUUUUAGAUGAUGUCGCCGACGCCGCGGCGCCCGCCUCGCCGCGCGUCAAGGCGGCGGCGUCGAGGCCGAACGUCGGCGCCUUCGCGAACCCCGCGAGCGUCGAGGAGGCGCGGAGAUUGGCCGCGGAUCCGGGAGAGACCGCGAUCCGGGAGGCGUACGCGCGCGAGCAGGCCGCCGCGAUCGGCGGUUCCGCGCCGCCGCCAGGACCAGCGAGGAAGAAGCCCGCCGCGCGAAAGCCGGCCGCGAAGGGCGCGCCGCCCGCGCGGACGCAGCCGAAGCGCGCGCCGCCGCCGGCCCCGGCGCCGGCCGCGAAGCGCGUUGCGAAACGGCCCGCGAAAGUUCAGAGCGCCAUCAGCGACAAAGCCGAGCUCGAGCGGCGCAUGGCGCGCGACGGCUGGACGAUGAAGCGCAAGGUCACUCAUCUCGGUCCGAUUACGGGCACCCCGAAGUACUAUAAGCCGGGCGACGACCAGGCCUACGCGGGGCUGACGGCCGUCGCGCGCGCUUAUUACCCGGACCUCGUCGCCGCCGUGGCGCCUCGCUCGGCGCCCGCGGCCGCGCCGCGCAAACCGCGCAAGGCGGCGGUGAAGCUGCGGGUCUUGGACCACGUCGCCGCGCCGUACAUGGGGCGAGGGCGGUACGCUGGCAUCGUCGUCGCUGUCGGCCGCGGGACCGUCGACGUGCACUUCCUGGACGGCGACUUCGCCGCCGGCGUCGAUGCAGCGGCGGUAUCGUUAUAUACCGGUCGGCGCCUGCGCGUCGGCGCGGGCCCGGCGCUCGCCAAGGGCCAGAAAAUCGCGACGCUCAAAGAGCCGACGGUGCCGCUCGUCGUCGUGGCGUUCGACGACGCCUACGCCGUCGUCAGCGGUCCCGGUGGCAACCGCGCGUACCAGCGGGACGUGCUGUGCGCGUUCGACGACCGCGGCGACGAUUCGUCUGACGACGAGGCGCCGGCCGCGCCGCCACUCGACGCCGACGCGCCGGCCGCGCCGAUGGACGUCGAUGAUGACGAUGCGCCCGCCGCGCCGCCGCCCCUCGAUGAUGAUGACAACGACGACGACGACGACGACGCAGUGACGCCACUCCUCGCGGUCGACGAGACGGUCCUGGUGGGCAGCAACAAGCACGUGGCCAAGGUCGAGCGCGCGACGAAGCCCGGCGAGGACGUCGUGCUCGUGCGCUGGCAGAGCACGGGCCACCGCGAGGAGAUCGAUUUGUCAGAAGUGGAGCGGCUCGACCUCACCGCGGGACGCUCGUCGCGCCGGUCGACGGCGGCGGCGCGCGAAAGCGCCGCGCCGGAGGCGGCGCCGCCGCCCGCCGCCGCGCCGGAAGCGCCAGCGGCGCCGCCUGCCGUUGAGCCCAGAAAGAAGAGUCGCUUCACUGGCGUGAAAUGGGGUCCCACUGCAAAUGGGGGGAAGUGGUGGGCAAGGAUCAGAGUGCGAGGGCACGAAAUACCCCUCGGCGACUUCGACGUCGAGGAGGUCGCUGCGCGGGCCUACGACGCCGCCCGGGUGAAAUAUAGGGACGAAGAGACGCUCAAUUUCCCCGGGGAAGCGCCGCUCGCCUCGAUGCUGGCCGCACUGCCGGAGAUCGACGAUGACGGUCGUGUCGCUGUCACCGCUGCGACGGAGCCGCGGCGGACGUCGCCGCGCACGUCGCCGCGAUCCUCGCCGCGGCCGAAGACGUCGUCGCCGCCGCGGACGUGCUUCGGCAUGGAGCGUCCGCCGGCGACGGUACAGGACGUCUCCGCGAGCAAGCGGCCCUGCCUGAACCCGGCGUCGAAGCGGCCCUACGAGCGGCCCAGCCUGACGGAGGUGAACAGUGCUGAUCCCGAGGACGACGCCGAGCUCAUCUGUCGCCCGAAGAAGUCGCCGGCGAAGCGGCAGCGCGUGACGCCCUAA